UGUUGGAAAGCUGUGCUCUGUCGACCAAUCCCUGCUCAGCACCGGCAGCCACCUGCAGGGCAUCUGCGUUUCACAGCACCUAUCUUACUCAGCCUUUGCUACACUGUGGGGAUGAACCAGUCCUCGGCUCGCCACACGGAGGAUUGCUACGACUGGGGAGCUGCAGCUGCUUGAUGGUGCGGGGAUCCAUCCCCCGACCUGUAGCUGUUUUGUAUGGAAGGUGUGUAGGGAUCAUCACCUGGGACCAUGUAGCAUUUCCUACGACAAGUGAAGAUGAUGGGCCGGAUCGCUAUGGUGUGACAGUCUGAGGUUGGCUACAGCUCAGGAAACUGUGGCUGAGAUUUGGGGACGUUUGAUAUUUAAGAGACUGUCGGAUGAUGGUAUUCCCUGGAAUGCCUGAUCAAUGAAGAGGUACAGGUAAAAGCUCAACACUGAAGAAACGCGACAUUAACGACUGGAUGUGGAUCAAAAUGGCCACCUCACACGGCAUUGCUCUGGUCUCUGCAGUCCUGGCUACCCUACUGAUGACUGCAGGUGCCUCGUGUCCUGAGAGGUGUCGCUGUAUAUCCGGAGGGGUGUACUGUAACGAGGGGAACAUGCAGCCCCUGCCCAAGAGCUUCCCCAUCAGCACGCACACCCUGUAUCUGGUCGGCUACAACCUCUCCAGCAUACUGAAGGACCAGUUCACCAACCUGCCACUCUUAGACAAUCUAAACCUCAAAGGGAACCACAUCUCCAACCUCGCGCCACAGGCUUUCGCAGGUUUGCCCAUCCUACAGGAGCUGAUCUUAUCAGACAACGAACUUGUCGUCAUCCCUCGGAAAUCACUCGUAGGACUACGCAACUUGGAAAGGCUGUUUCUUAGCAACAACUCAAUCAUCGCCCUUAAUGGACAGGCGUUCCGUGACCUCUCCAGCCUGAGAAUCUUAAAACUGGACAGGAAUGAAAUAGUCUUUAUCUUUGGCAGCGCCAUGAAAGGUCUGGAAAGUUUGGAAAUGCUCGAUCUCUCGAGCAACCAGCUUGAGGUUGUGCCAGCCGAAUGUCUCCAUAACCUGAAGCAGCUGCGUGAACUCAACCUACAGAAUAACAAGAUCCUGGCGCUGAACGACGACGGUUUCAGCAGUCUGGGCAGGCUGGUCCGCCUGUACCUCGACGGCAACCGCAUCAGAUAUGUCUCCUCAAAGGCGUUCAAUAAGUUGGACUCUAUCCGCGAACUGACAUUAAGAAACAACCUCAUCACGGUUGUUCCUGGACAGGCUAUCGGACUGGCCAAGACGUUAGAGAUUUUGCGCCUCGCAGGAAACCCCCUCAACAUGUCCGACCUGAGCUCCCUGAGAGCCGCUCCGACCAUCCUCGAGCUGGACCUGGCAAAUAUCGGACGCCUAUCCAAACGGGCACUGCUACCUCUGGAGAAUCUAACUAACCUUAAUAUCAGUAACUGCUCGCUGACCAGUGUGCCCAUCCUGCGGCACCUGGUGACCAUGCAGGUGCUGGACCUGUCCUGGAACAACAUCACCGUCCUGCCACCUGAAGCCUUCAGCACUAUGACUGAACUAACGCACCUGCGGCUCAGCAACCUCAACCUCAGCUCUGUAGAACCCAACGCCUUUGCAGGGUUGAUAUCACUACAACACUUGUCCCUUGAAAACAACCAGCUGAUGACCUUACCAAGGGACGUCUUCUUACCCCUCAAGAACCUGGAACUGCUGGACCUGUACAACAAUCCCUGGUCAUGUGACUGCCGACUACUCUGGCUAAUACAGUGGGCCCGGUUCAAGAAAUUUUUCUUCCCCACUUUCCUGUACAUGAAGUGCUCCACCCCGGCAAAUUUCAAGGUGAUGAAGUUGUCCCUCGCUGAAGUUGAUAUAAAAAAUCUGUCCUGCAUCUCUCCAAGGAUAGUGAGCUCUUCCAACGACCUCUAUCUUAGUGAGGGAGAUCCAGCCUUCUUCAACUGUGAAGUGUCGGGGUUCCCCCUUCCUGACGUGGAAUGGUUGGGUCCAGGAGGCAAGCCAAUUAAACACACUGGGGAUGGGAGGCGCUUCCCCUCAAAAGAAGGAACUCUGGAGAUAUUCAAUGUGUCAAGGAAAGAUGCAGGCCAGUAUGUCUGCUGGGCAGGAAAUGGAGGUGGGAAUGCCACCCGAUCUUUCAACCUCACAGUCACCGCGUCCACAAAACCUCGCUCAUCUACCAUGAGUAACACGGCAUCAACAUCUUCUGGUACGACAAGAGGGACUACCUCAACUGCAGAGGGCGCUACACAGGGCUUUGGGAUCCUGGGGAACCGUGUCUCCAUGGCCAUUCUGAUCGGCACAAACGCCGCUGCCUUCCUUGCUGGAAUGCUUCUCGUCACCCUGAUUGUGCUGAUCUACCUGUUCUGGUGCAAGAAGAAGACCAAGAAGAAGCCAGUCGAGACUGCUGUGGACAAACCCAACAGGAGCAGUCGUCCAAAUGACUACCAGCCAGACGCCAGUACCCAGACCACGCGGGUCCAGGAGGUACGGCCGCUGGGACAGCAGCCGGAGCAGCGCCCCCUGCCCGAGCAGCCCUCCGAGCCAAAGUGUCCGGAGCGUGUGUACGAAGCCAUCCCAGAGGUCGACCUAGACUCUGACGGCUCCCAGUAUCACACCCCUCUGAAGCAUCCGUCAGAGUACCAGCCAGAAGUGGUCGCCAUCAAGCCAUAUAGCAAAGACGACAGGCCUGAGCAGACCCUAAGUCCUGGUGUGGCUGAAUCUGACACAACCAGCAACAGAAGAUCCAACACCUUUCCUGACUUCCAAGACAUCCACUCACCCCAGGCAGCGGCCACGCCGACUCCCUUAGAGGGCCCAGCCAAGUCUGUCUCCUUCAGCACCAAGCCUGAGGGUGGAGGCACCUUCUCUGAUGCUAAGCCUCUGCCAGAUGUGACGGCAGACACUCCUGCACCUGCACGGGGCCACCCUAACCUGAAGAAGUCCACCAGCCGCCCGUUAUGUGUGGAACAGUCCAAGGCACCACACGUUGGGUCCAGCUCUGUUCCAAAUAUCCACAGUGGGAAGCAGCUGGUGGCAUUCCUGGACGGGUCCACACCUGGAGGGCUGUCCAGCACCAAGGACAGCGGUCACCACAACCAUCACAACAACAAGUCUGCUCCAGGUAUAUACCAGCCCCUCAUUAGUCAGAACUCUGAUCUGGGGCCCGCUACAAACGGCACGGCCCGACCUGCAAACCAGGAUCCCUCCUCUGGCCCAUUGACCUCCAACCCUUACAGGCCGACGGAACAGGCACCAACUCGCGGCAAGUCAAACCAGACAUACAACCCUCCUGAACCUGUGCCAAACACGGAGAAUGACAACAGCGAAGACUACAGUAUGGAAAACAUAAAAGAGCCAAAAUACUAUGAGUUGGAAGGGCCUGACUCUCCAUAUGACUUUGAGGAUGGGGGCACUGAAGGUAAUGGAAAGGGGAAGGAAGUGUACUUAGAGUCCAAUCCACCAGCCUUGGAACAGGUGGGGUCAACAGUAGUGUAACUAGAUCUGUAUUGAUGAAACCACAACAGUACAGUAAGAAUUGUAAAUCAAGAACAGACAGCUUUCUCUGGUAAGACAGAUUAGACCAUGCAUAUCAACUUUAAUGAUCCACUCAACUUCUACCAAACAAUUGAUGUGCCAUUGUAAUCUACUUGGCACUACAUGUAUAUGGUACAUUUUGUAUCACAUGAGGACCUACAGAACUCAGAUUGAAGCGUUAUCUUGCAUGUACAAUGUGAGACUGACACUUUGAUCAGAUUGAUAGGAUUUGAAUAUAUCUCUACAUGUUGUAUGGGAAUUCCUGUGCAGUGGGUGUGUAGUUCCUACUGUGAGGAUCUCAGUAUAGCAGGUCCUGUGCCAAAACAAAAAGUCUUAUAUUUGCUGGAACUUGGUGAUAAUGUUGUACAAAAGUCACACUAUGGGAGAAAACAAUGGAACAUUUUCAUGCGGCUAAUGAAUCUGGUCGUUUUGUUGUAAAUGUUUUUCUGUUUGGCGCUUGUUUAAAGCAAUGUCUUUGUUGCUUGUUGUAUAUUGAUUGUGUUCAUGAGAAAUGAUUCUUGCUGUGAAAAAAGAUAUCAGUAGAAAUAAUUACAGUCGAUGAUAGCACCAAAUGGUAUCAAACAUAUUCAUAAUGACUUAGUCUUGGUACAACAAACAUCACAUCGAACUGCCCUCUUGGCAACCAAGGCAACUGAACAGUCAUCUUGGUAACCAUGGAGAUUCAGCAGCCAUCUUGGUAACUACGGAGACUGGGCCAAGCUCUCAGCAUUCUUGUGCAUGAAUGUGUAUGUAUCAAGUCAGUCCAAAAAUGUGAGGAGUCAAAACUGUUCCAAAUGGGCAUGUGGUGAAGUUUAAGACUGUAAGUAAUCAUAUGUGUUUACCAAUACUUGAAUAGCAAAGGAGUAUAGGAGGUGUAUCAUUGGUCUUAGCAUUGGUCACUUGUGGGAAUGAAGAUGGUGCCUAAAAACAAGGGUUUGAUCUACGUUUCUAAGCAAAGUGUGUUGCAGAACUUCCAGUAUGUAGAAUUUCCAGUAGUGUUCAAUUUCUGUAAAUAACAUGCCUAAAAACAGAGAAACAACAAAACUUGUUAAGGAUAGAAAAUGCCAGACAUAGAAGUCAGCCAUAGGAGAUAGCCACGUGAUUAUGGCAAUACUUGAUCUACCGUGUACCAUAACUAAUGUUAUCAUGUUGCCAAGAUAUAUCUGUGACAUCAAGGCAAUCUAUCAUUGACAUUAUCACAAACAGCAUGAACAAUUUUAGACAGCCUUGUAGAUACACAGAAUCACAAAGGUUACAAUACUUAAGGCAGACCUCUCACACUGGCAAUGCUAACUUGUCCACACUGUAAUGCCUGUACUGUCAAGCCUUCCCAACACUUCUCUAUGUAAAUACAUAUAAGCAAGGAGCUUACUGGUUGUGAUGAUGCAGUUCUGUAAAUAAAUGUUGUGACUGUUUAAGGCUGACUACUGAAAUUUAUUGCUUGUAAGUUUCUGACUCUGCUACACACUCACAGUUACCAAUA